AUGAUAACUAUAUCAUUACCGGGUGAGAAUCAUUCAACAUCGUUGGUGCUCACACAUUUUUGUGAGACACAUGGUCCGUCCGUUGUCUUUACAACACAAUCUGAAUAUAUAUUACCAUCUUUAGCAGCAUCAUCACCUCCAGAUAUACCAAGUAAUAAUAGUAAUAGUAAUAAUAGUAGUAGUAGUAAUAUAAUAUCAAAUCUAUCAAUUUCAUCGAUAAAUAAACAACUUGGAAGUUCAUCACCAUCAUCUUCAUCGCCUAUAUUAAAUGCUGAUUCAAAUGGUCUGCAACAACAACAACAACAACAACAACAACAACAACAAAAUAAUGUACAUAGUUAUACAGAGUUACCUCAACUAUUUAAUAUAGUAGGAAAUAUCAAUAGACCACUGAUAUCAUCGAAUACUCUUUCCAUUAUGAUUCCACCAAAUAGCAAUCCGGUUGACAUCUCCACAUCUUCAUCGGCAGCAAGCGUUGGUGCCCCAUCUUCACCUUCACUUUCCUCCUCGAGUUCAUCUUCUACCACCUCAACCACAUCGACAACAACAACUACUACAACGACAACAACAACACCAGUAGUUACACCUACAGCUACAGCUUCACCUUCACCUUCACCCAUACAAUCACCUGUAACAACAACAACAAGAUGUCCAACAUGUUCAUCUCUUCCACAUUUCACUGGAUUGUUGUCACCUAAAGUACCAUCUCCUGCAGAAUCCACCACCUUUGAUUGCCGAACAGGAGUUGCAGCUGACGCAGCUGAAGCAGGAGGCGGUCGCGUCCAGCAAUGGACGACACGCCAUCAUCAACCUGAACAACGCUCAUCAACCGCAGCACCGGCAAGAACUGCAACUCGACAUGCACGCACGCCUGGCGGAGAAGCUGAAAAAGACAUUCCCAGUGUCGGCGGAGCUGGUCACUUCGCUCUCACAGGUGUUGCGAAUCAUCGGAGAGAACAGCUUGUCUGCACUCAUAUUCAAUACGAUCGUAGGCAAUCAGGUAAUCAUCAUGGGCCGAUCGCCACCACUAGUGGCAUCACUGAUCGACCUACUCAAGAUACUGGUUCCAAUCCAGCUGCAGUAAUACCAAGACAUGUCGAUCGUGAUAUCAUUGCAAUGGUUGAUAUUGAUUAUUAUGAUAAAUCAAAAGAACCAGAAGAUAUAGAUAGUCCAUAUAGAUCAACGAUUGAGAUAUCUUUCAAUGGGCCAAGAUAUACAUCGACACUCGGUCAAGCAAUUGAGACAAUCAUCAAACAAAAUUCACCACCCGAAAUUGAGAGAAUGAAUCUACUUUCACUUAAAGAGGAAUGGAUAAAUAAAACUAAAACAUUCUAUUCGAUCAGAUCGAUCAUUGUGGAUGAUAAAGAUAGAAAACUAACGAGAUUCCUUCAACUCAUAAAUUGUAAUCAAGAGAAAGAUGUAACCAUUCUUAUGUUUUGGACAACCUGUGUAAGAAGAUGGUAUUCAACUUUUGUAACUCAUAAUUAA